AUGAGAAAGAAUCAAAAGUUAGUCACUCAAGCACAGAACCUUUCUGCAAGUGAUCUCAAUCAGUUUCUCGCCGAUGUGAAGUUGAAUUAUUCAUUCGAAAUCCUGCAUGCUUCGCAAUUAUCCAAUGAUUUUCAACGACAAAUUUUGGAGCUAUUCGAAACGAAUAUGAAAAGCUCAUACGAGCAGUCCAAAGAUGGAUACAAUCAACAAGAGAAAUCCGAUGAAUUAUUCUCUGAUCAAGCACGAUAUUUACUUAUCUUAUCAGCGCGCGAUAUCAUCGCGUAUGCGCAUUUUCGCUUCGAUAUGGAUUAUGGUCGACAAGUUGUAUAUUUAUACGAAUUACAAGUGAAUGGCAACUAUCAAAGUCAAGGCCUGGGACAAUGGAUCAUGGAACAAUUGAAAAAAAUUUGUGAAAGAACGCAAAUGUCAAAAAUUGUGUUAACAGUUCAAAAGCUGAAUGUCAAAGCGAUUGAUUUUUACAUGAAAAAGUGUCAGUUUGAACCUGAUAGCACAGAUCCAAGUGAUGAAGAUGUUGACUAUAGAAUUCUAUCGUUUUCUGUUUAA